AGUAGGUACGUGGCCGCUUCAGCUGACAGUCUACAUGAUGGCGACAGAGGUUCAGAGCGGCGACCUCGACAGUGCUACUUCUAGCCGGCUCGAAGUUUCCAUCGAUGGCCUCACCCUCAGUCCCGACCCGGAGGGCGAGCAGGGCCAGGUCGAUGUGCCGGACCCCAAACCCGCGGAGCCCGGGACCGAUACGCCGGGUGACGCUGAAGGCGAAGAUGGAGAGACUGGCAAAUCUGCCAUAGAGAGGAAAUGGGGCUUUCCUUUGCAAGAGCUGUACGGGAUGGGCCUUAAAUUCUUCAAAGAUAAAGAUGGCAAGGCCUUCCACCCGACCUACGAGGAGAAGCUUCGGCUGGUGGCUCUGCACAAACAGGUGUUACUGGGCCCUUACAAUCCUGAUGCUUCACCGGAGGUCGGCUUCUUUGACGUCCUGGGCAACGACCGCAGAAAAGAGUGGGCCUCCCUGGGUAACAUGGAGAAGGAGGACGCCAUGGUGGAGUUUGUGAAGCUGCUGAACAAGUGCUGUAACCUCUUUGCUCCCUAUGUCAUCUCACACAAGAUCGAAAGGGAGGAGCAGGAGAGGAAAAGGAAAGAAGAAGAGGAGCGACAGCGGCAGGAGGAGGAGGAGAGGGAGCGACAAAGGCAGGAAGAGGAGAGACGGAGGCUUGAGGAAGAGGAAAGGCUGAGGAGAGAGGAAGAGGAAAGGAGGCAGGCAGAGGAGGAGAGGCUACGGGUUGAGCAGCAAAAACAACAGAUAAUGGCGGCAUUGAAUGCGCAGACAGCGGUGCAGUUCCAACAGUAUGCUGCUCAGCAAUACCCAAACAGCCCAGAGCAACAGCUGGGCCUCAUCCGCCAGCUCCAGGAGCAGCACUACCAACAGUACAUGCAGCAGCUCUACCAGGUUCAGCUGGCCCAGCAACAGGCGGCCUUACAGAAGCAGCAGCAGCAGGCUGAUUUGAUGGUGCAGGGCACGCUGGAAUCUAGCAGCUUCAACAGUGAGUCCAUCCCCGCCUCAGCUGCGGGACCAUUGUGUGCGGCUUCACCACCUGCCGGGGAGGAAGCCCCUACAGUCAAUGGAGGCCAGUCAGACUCUUAUUCGGAGAGCAUGGACCGGGAGCCAGAGCCUGAGCCGGCAGAGGAGGUCUCAGAGAACGGGCCUUUAUUAGCAGACUCUCCACCAGUCAUAGCUGCUCCCUCCAUGUGGACACGGCCACAGAUCAAGGACUUCAAGGAGAAAAUCCGGCAAGACGCAGACAGCGUGAUCACGGUGGGGCGUGGCGAGGUGGUGACAGUGCGUGUGCCCACCCACGAGGAGGGCGCUUACCUGUUCUGGGAGUUUGCCACAGACUAUUAUGACAUCGGCUUUGGGGUCUUCUUUGAGUGGACGGAUGCCGCCUCCGCUUCGGUCAGCGUGCACGUUUCGGAGUCCAGUGAUGAUGACGAGGAUGAGGAAGGUGAUCCUCCCAACGAGGAGGAGAAGGCAAAGAAGGAGGCAGGGAAGCCCCAGGUGGAUGAGAUUGUGCCGGUGUACCGGCGGGACUGUCAUGAGGAGGUGUAUGCCGGCAGCCACCAGUACCCCGGCCGCGGAGUCUACCUGCUCAAGUUUGACAACUCCUAUUCGCUGUGGCGCUCCAAGAGUGUUUACUACAGAGUCUACUACACCAGAUAAGCCUGAAUACAGACACAGCGGGAGCCAAGGAGUGUGUAUGUUCAUAUGUGCGUGUGUGUGUAGAUUUGUGUGAUGGCAGCCUAUAUGUGUGUGAGUGUAAGAGAGAGGGAGAAAGUGAUACCAGAUCUGUUCUGGACAAAACCACCAGAGGGUGACAAAGAGACACAUCUGGAGCCCAAGUUUGGAGAUUGGACUAACAUGUAUGUACUGUGUGUGUGUGUGUGUGUGUGUGUGUGUGUGUGUGCGUCCCAAGAUACACCCGUGCUAGAGCCUGUCAUCGAGCCUGUGGAAAAGGAGUGUGUAUUGCUGUUGUAUAUUCACCACCUUUCCUUGCUGCGCUCACAUAAACCAAGCUGAAGGACUUUGCUUUCAUAUUGUAUUUGACCUCUUUCCACCCUGGGCUCCUUGUCUGUCACCACCCUGGCCCAACAGUCCAACGUGGCCUUGUGGCUGCUUCUGCCCUGAGUGACGUUUUCUUCACCGUGAACGGAAACCCAGUCCAGCACUCUGUGAGCCGGUUCCUGUUUGGUGGUUACAGUGGUUGUUUAUCUGGCAAGAACUUGAUGUUGAAAAUUAAGUUAUAUUGCAAAUGUACUUCAUAACACUAUGGCUCUUGUUCCACAGAGAGCUUCUGGUCUUUGCCAAGUCUGACACACACGUUAAAAACACCAGUGUACACAAACGUAAUUAUCCUUUUUGUUGUAAAACAGCAGCCUGCUGAUCUCUUAAGACCCUAGCCGCUAUGCAUAUAUGAAGAUCUGACAGGAUGUUUAGUGGUAGCUGUGCACUUCUUGGCGUAUCCCCGCACAAAACUGCGUAUUCUACCUUUUAAUUCUUGAUACAGUCUGAUUGACAGAGCGCACCAGGAAUAGGUUUUAUUUAAUGGAGUUUACAAACAAAAUGUAUGAAGGACGGGCAAGAAGUCAUUCCUUGGUUUAAGGUGAACUCCAAAUGAAGUCAUGAGUGUUCAAAGAUGAAUAGAAAAAAACAUGCACAUGAAAAAAUGUGGCUGUGAGCCUUAUGGCUUUAUAAACUCACGCAUCUCUGGGUGUGAUACAGAAUAAGUCUAAAAACAAAUUACCUAAUAAAUAUUUGUUAUCACUUUCUCCUAAAGAUAUUUUUUUUUAUCGGUGUCAUGCUGUUUCAGUUCCACCUUCAGAUGCCACUUCUUUACAGCAGCGUCCUAUUCCACAUUACAUUAAAUAAUCAACUGUCCUUUGCUUGUCAGUUCUUUUAAGAAAGCGAAAAGGAGCUAGUAUUACGACAGAUGUUAUAUUAAUAUUGCCUGGGAGGUUGUUGUGUCUUGUGUAUCUUUGCGUGUGUUUGGAGAUGCUGUACUCAGUUCUGACACACAAGUAUACCUAACAAUAAAAAGCCCAUGUUUUGGAGGUCAUGAAGCACUGUUACAUCUCUAAGAAAUACAGUGUUCUGUUUUUUUUUUUGUUUUUUUUUAACCCCCUUCCUGGUAUGAAUUGACAAAAAAGGUAUCCUUAAUAAACUGAGAUGACCUAGACUUAUAUUUGUCAUGGGUGACAUGGUUGCCGAGUAACUCAGCUGUGAGACUUUCAUCUGUUGCUAUGGUUUAGGUUAAUUGUUGUUCAUUUUCACAUUUAAUAUGCUUGUUCGUGUACUCAUUGCUUUGUAUACCAACCACCUAGGUGCAUUAAUGAGCAAUGUGUUCAGUAGGCGUCAGAGGCAUUUGGUUUCACUUGAUUACUCAUUGAGCUGAAUUUGUACAUUUCUAUGUGUGGAUGCAACCAAACACAGAUGCGGAAAAACUUGUACGUUGAGUUAUCCUCCAGUGUCCUUACUGGGUAUCUAUUCAUGAGAUUAUUUAAUUAGAGGCCACUCCUGCCUCCUAUCAUUCAGUGAUUUGUGGAACAAAAAUGUCACCACUUACGGCUUAACCCAUCCACAAAGUUUAAGGAGGUUCCCAUUUGUUCUGAUGAGUGUGAUGUUUGUCUUUCUCAAGUUUCUUACUGCUCACCAAAUGGUUUGAGCCGACUUGUUCAAGACUUGUAUGUAAAUAAUUCUAUAAAUUGGUUUAUGUAUGGGUUUUUAGAUGUGGAAGAAGGCUUUUGGUUUUGAGAAUCAAUGCACUGUAAAAUAUGGUGAAUGAGAUUUAUGUAUACAUUUUACCCCAAAUGAAAGUCCAAACCUCGUAGGAAGUAUAAAACUGUCAGUCUAUUGACAUGAAAGACAGAAAAGCUCAUCUUUUUGUAUUGUUUUGACUUGUUUGGAUCUCUUAUGAGUUGCAAGAUCUUUCUUUUGGGCAUAUAUUUAAUCUUGAUUAAACUUAUGUUCAUCUCUAGAAUUGGA